AUGGACCCCGCCAAUUACAUCGCCCAGAACCCUUAUGGCUACAUGCCACAGGCUCAAAUGCCUAUGGCUACUCAGCAGUUCCCUCCUGCUUCUUACCCAAAUCCCUACCAGGGAGGUAUGAUCGCCAGCGGUGUCCCUCAGCAGCAGCAACAGCAGCAACAGCAGCUAGGCUUCCAGCAGCAAGGCUAUUCACAGUUGCCGGUUCCUCAGCUAUCUUCGACGAGCCAGCCCACAAGCACUCCCAGCUCAGCGCCGUCCAUGUCCGUCGGCUCUUCGAAUAACGUGAUGGCCCAGCAAAACAUGACUGGCGCCAACCUAGCUCAGCAAGCUCAAAUUCAAAAUGCUGCUCAAUCUGCUCGACCUGUGUCGCAGCCACAGCCUGCGCAGCCUCUGUCCCCGCAGAGCCAGCAGAGGGAGCGUGCUCGAGUCACUGUUCUCUUAGAUAUAAAUACUGCGUUAUUACAAGAGGUCGUGGCGUUGCAAGCCAAAGGUAUGGCUGGGCCGCAGUCGAACCAAACCCAACAGUCACCAAGUUCUCCCACCUCCGCGACCGAUCCUGUUCUCAAUAACAGCCCGACUACCGAUGCUGCUAAGGGCAAGCCUGCAUCACAAGAGUACAAUGAUUGCAUGAGACGACUACAGAUGAAUUUGGGCUAUCUGGCCAGCAUAGCGGAUGCGAAGAAGAAGUCCACCGGACAACUGCCGCCAGGCCCGGCGAUCAUGAAUCCUCCACCACAUCUGACGUCGGUCUAUGACCUGUACAAGAGACUGAACACCUUGUUCCCCGAGGCGAGCCAGUCGACCAUCAACAAGGCGAUGGCCUUCAGCAGCGGCCACGGCGACAGACAAACACCAGGGACAGGCUGA